AUAAGUAGCCCCGACCUAUCUGCACACUUCACGUUAGAGGAGAGCAAGAGAAUCACUUGAUGUGCUGGCCUGUUCGUGGAUUUCCUUGCGCUUGCCUUUGGCUCGCAUUCGGCCGUGGACUGCCGAUCGCGCAGCGCUUGUGUAACUCAGCUCUGGUGUCGUGCGCAACCUACAUCAACAUUGACGCCAUUGAACCACUUUGCAGAAAGAUUAACCUCAUAAUCAACGGAAAUGAUAGGUGAGGAAGAACGCUUACACCAAUGCGGGGAAUGCGGACUGAUGCUUUCCACGCGAAGCGCGCUGACUGCUCACGCGCGCUCGCACCGGGCAGUUGCUGAUGCACAUCGUUGCGACGUCUGCCAGAAAACUUUCGCCGUGCCAGCACGUCUGCAACGCCAUUAUCGGACACACACCGGCGAGCGGCCUUUCGAAUGCGAAUACUGCCACAAGAUGUUCAGUGUUAAGGAAAACUUGCAAGUACAUCGACGUAUACAUACAAAGAGCGACCUUAUCGAUGCGGCGUAUGUGGUGCGGCUUUCGAACAUUCCGGAAAACUUCACCGCCAUGCUCGUAUUCACACCGGUGAGAGACCCCAUGCGUGCCCACAUUGCCACAAAACUUUUAUUCAAUCUGGACAACUGCUGCGCUUCAGCAGUUACCACCAACACCACCAAGCUCACCUCCUUCACCUCAGUGCCCAGUGGUGUCUGUUCACGUGCCAACUAUGCCAGCCUCCCCAGUAAUGCCAACAUCUUCUCCUACACCACCUUCUCCACCUCCAACUGGUUCACAUUGUUCCCUACCUCAUUCUUCACUUCCUCCUCGAAAACGGAAGCUUAUUCUUCAACCUGA